AUGGAUAACGUGAUCGAUCUCAGCCAAGCACCAGCGAUCCUUUUCUGGUUUCGCAUUGUCUCAGGUUUAACUAUUUGGGUGAAUAUCUUAUGUCUUUAUUUGAUUGCUGUCGCAACACCGAGAGGACUCGGAAAUUUUCGAUGGCAUAUGUUCGCGCUACAUUGUUACCAAAUGUGCUGCGAGUACGGGGUAGCCUUUUUGGCUUUCCCAAUGUUGGGGUUGCCAGCACAAGGCGGCUUUGCAAUUGGUCCAUUGGCUGAUUGUGGAUUUGAUGUCUAUUGGCAACUGAUUGUGUUGAUCUACGUGACAGUUGCCGUUGUUUCCUCAACACAAAUUCUCGGCUUCAUUCGACAGCAAUCUGUUUUGAAGAAUGAGCAUUUCUUGAAAUUGAAACCACGGCAUAAAAGAUAUUGGAUCGUUUUUUCGUAUGUUUUUCCGAUUUUCUGGACAGUUUCCAUAAUGCUUAUCCUUUGGGGAAACGAUGUUCACAAGGCGUUAGAUGGCUUUCAAAAUGAAUACCCCUACCUUGCCCCGUUCUUUCAACAACGUUCAAGUUUCGGGGUGGAACUUGACUUCGGACGGCGAACAAUCAUCCCGUCGAUUGGUUUCGUCAUCUUUUAUACAGCUGUAUUCAUCGGUACAACUUCAAUAAUAGUGCCAAAACAAGUGUUGUUCUCAACCUUUCAGUGUUGGUCGCAACAGCGC